AAAAGGAAAAGGAAAAAGAAAAGCAAAGUGGGAGGGGAUUGGGUUUGGGAUUGAGAGAGGAAGAGAAGAGAUUUACAAGGCAAAGACAAAGGAAUCAUAGAGAGUCGGCGUCUCUUUGUCUUGGCCGACCAAUCGCCCUCCUUGUCUUCUUUCUUUCGCCAACAACACCACCACCACUUCCUAACCCUUUUCUUCUUCUUCUUUUUUUUUUUUUUCCCCCCCCUUCAAUUUAUAAAAACCCAAACCAUCUCGUCGCCUUUUCUUUGUUUUUUGUUUUUUGUUUUUUUUUUCUUCUUCUUCUUCUUCUUCUUUCUUCUUUAUACUGUUCGUUAUUCAUAUCCCACCUUUUUUAUUUAUUUUUUUUCUUUUUACAUUCGUUUUUAUUUUAAUUUUUUUUUUUCUACUCCUUACGGUUCUUCCGUCUAUUUUUUUAUCAAUCGGAAGAUUACCCGGAUUUUAUAUUUCGUCGAUCCCUGUUGUUUUCUAUUUUUUUUUUCUUGGGUUGUUGGAAUUUCUUGGUUUUUGUUUUUUGUUUUUUGUUUUUUUUUUUUUUGGGGGGUUAUUUCUUUGUGGAUUUGUGUUUCAGAGCUUUACAAUUAUCAUGAGGACUGUUAUUGAAUCAGCCGUGGUUGAGAGGGUUGAAGAUGGCGAGAAGGAGAAGAAGAAAAAGCGUAGACCUAAUCGUCGAUCAAAGCAGAACCCCCCUUCCAUUUCAGUAGCAUCAUAUAGUGCAGUAAAUGAAAUACGUGGUGAAGCAGCGGAGUCUGUGGGAAGUGCUAAAACAACCAAUAAUGCAACCACGUCUCUGAAGCAACAGAAAUUAGAGGCACAUCCUCAAAACGAUAAUAUAUUGAUGAACGCAUCAAAUGUUGCUUUCAAAUCUCUGCCAACAAUGCAUAUAAAUGAACAAGCCAGUCCUGAGGAUGUGCAGAUCUUACAAAAUCGGAAUCCUCAAUCAUCUGAACCUGGUGGGAGAAUCCUUUCAAAAUCCUGUCCUGAGCCAAUUUCUUGUGAAGAAUCGUCAGAGUCAUUCAUGAACAAGGAUUUUUCUACCCAUCAGAUGGAGAGUUGUGCCCAGAAGAAGUAUUUUGCUCCGCACUGGUCUUUAAAUGCUGUUAAUGAUGCUAUCGAGAGGGGCGAGGCUUUUAAAGCUUUAUUCCAUGUGAAUGCAUAUAAUAGACUUGAGGCAUAUUGCAAAAUUGAUGGAGUACCAAUUGACGUUUUCAUUAGUGGAAUCGCUUCCCAGAAUAGAGCUGUAGAAGGAGACAUUGUAGCAGUUAAGGUUGAUUCUGUGGCAUUCUGGACGAGGAUGAAAGGGUCAACUGGAAUGUGUAGCAAUUCUGCGUUGGUGGAGGAUCUUAGCUUACUUCCAGAAGAUACAGAAGUGACUGGUGAUAAUUACAAAGGUAAAGGUAAGGUAGGUUUGGAUCAUGAUGAUGCCAACCAUACUGGCUAUUCAUUCCCUGAUAAGGAAUUGCAUUGUGAGGAAAGUGCUUCCCUAGGUGAAACUUCUCGACCAGACUUGGUUUUACCUUCAGAUUAUGGUCAUGUUGAUGGAAGGCAGUCUACUUCUGAUUAUUCAAAUGUAGGUUCUUCUAGUGGACUAAAUGAUGUCAAAAAUGCAGUUGGAAGGAUGUGUGCCAUGCUUAAUUCAUUCCCUAAUAAGCAACCAACUGGCAGGGUUUUAGCUGUCAUUGAAAGGUCUCCUCGUCGGGAUGCUGUUGUCGGUUUUCUCAAUGUUAAGCAAUGGUUAAAUUACAGGGAAUUGUGCAGAAAAGAUGCAAAGAAGAGUAAAACUAGAUUUUCAUUUGCUGAGCAUGGGUACAUUCAGCUGACACCAAUUGACCCAAGAUUUCCAAAAAUGAUGAUCCUUGUGAGUGGCUUACCUGAUUGCUUAAAGAAAAGAUUGGAGAAUAGUGAUGCGACUCUUGAUAUGGAGUUGGUUGCUGCUCGGAUUGACAGUUGGGAUGAAGCAAGUGCUGUUCCACAAGCCUGCAUUUUGCAUACUUUUGGACAGGGUGGGAAAUUAGAGACACAACUCGAUGCUAUUUUAUUUGAAAAUGCAAUUUGUACAUCUGACUUUUCUUCUGAGUCACUCACCUGUCUUCCCUCUCUACCUUGGGAGGUGCCACAAGAGGAAUUCCGAAGUAGAAUGGACCUUAGAAAAUUGUGCAUAUUUUCCAUUGAUCCUUCUACUGCUACUGACUUGGAUGAUGCUCUUUCAAUUGAAGUAGUAUCCAAUGGUAUUUUUAGGGUAGGUGUCCACAUUGCGGAUGUCUCAUAUUUCGUAUUACCUGACACAGAAUUAGAUAAGGAAGCUCAAAUCCGUUCUACAAGUGUCCAUAUGUUGCAAAAGAAAUUACCAAUGCUUCCUCCAUUGCUUUCAGAGAAUAUAGGUUCACUUAACCCUGGAGUUGAUAGACUUGCAUUUUCUAUUUUCUUGGAUAUUAACCCAGCUGGGGACAUUACUGACCAAUGGAUUGGCCGUACUGUGAUACGAUCAUGUUGCAAGCUUUCGUAUGAACUUGCUCAGGACAUUAUUGAUGGGUUAAUUGAUGUUGAAAAUAUUGACAUUGUAGGCAAUGGUAGCCCCCAGAUACAUGGCCAUUUUGAAUGGCAUGAUGUUAUUAGCUCUGUUAAGAACCUUCAUGAAGUUUCCAAAAUUUUAAAGGAAAAGAGGUUAAGGGAUGGGGCUCUACGCCUUGAAAGUUCCAAGGUUGCUUUUGUAUUUGAUGGAUAUGGAGAAAUAUGUGACAUUAAGCUUAGUGAACGGAGUGAAUCAAACUUUCUUGUUGAGGAGUUCAUGCUUUUGGCAAAUAAGACAGCUGCUGAAGUCAUAUCCAGGGCUUUUCCUGAUAGUGCUUUACUGCGGAGGCACCCUGAACCCAAUAUGCGGAAACUCAGAGAGUUUGAAGCAUUUUGCAAGAAACAUGGUUUUCAGUUGGAUACUUCUUCUUCUGGUCAGAUCCAUCAAUCAUUGGAGAGAAUCAGGACAAAGCUUAAGGAUGAUUCCAUCUUCCUUGAUAUUCUUAUGAACAAUGCUUCAAAGCCAAUGCAAUUGGCAACUUAUUUUUGUAGUGGGGAGUUAAAAGACUGGGGACAUUAUUCUCUGGCUGUUCCUCUCUACACUCAUUUCACUUCGCCUCUACGUCGGUAUCCUGAUAUUUUAGUACAUAGGACACUGGCUGCAGUUUUAGAGGCUGAAGAGUUGUAUUUGAAACAUCAGAGGUUGGGAAAUAAAGUUCAAAGGCGAGAAGAAUUGAUAAGAAGAUGUUUCACUGGUAUUUAUUUUGAAAAACCCGCUGCUGAAUCCAAGGAAGGCAAGGAAGCAUUAUUGGCUGCAGCACUAAAGCAUGGAGUUCCUGGCAUUGAAUCACUUGCUUAUGUUGCCAUUUAUUGUAAUGACAGAAAGCUGGCCAGUAGGCGUGUUAAGGAUGCCUGUGAUAGGCUCUAUAUGUGGGCUUUGUUGAAGAAAAAAGAGAUUUUGCUAUCAGAAGCAAGAGUAUUGGGCCUGGGACCUAGAUUCAUGUCCAUAUAUAUUCACAAGCUAGCUAUUGAGCGGCGAAUAUAUUAUGAUGAAGUUGAAGGAUUAAUGGUAGAAUGGCUAGAUGCUACAUCUACAUUGGUGCUUAGUUUGAGUCCUAACAGACGCUGUCUAAGAAGAGGUAGCCCUGGUAGAUGGAGGGCGCUAGAAGAUGUUGCAUUGAUUGUUAGUCCAUGUGACCUGAAAUCUGAACAGGAUGUGUCUGGAAGUAGUAAUGAUGAGCAUGGUGCAGCUGCCUAUAAUUCAGAGCUCUCCAAUUCUGGCUCUUCAGAAAUAGAAAUAGAUCCUGUGGUUUUCCCCCUCACGGUGCAUGUCCUUUCAACAAUUCCUGUAGCACUUCAUGCGGUUGGUGGGGAUGAUGGACCAGUUGAUAUUGGAGCGAGGCUGUACACGAGCUCAUAUUUCUAUUGAGCUGCUGGUAGGGGGGGUUUGAAAUCGGACGGAAGGAUCUGAUGUAUUGCAACUGAGUGGAACUUGGGAGUGGAGAGCAGAGCGCUUUGUUUGUUUUUUUUUUUUAAGGAGGAAAAGCUCUGUUGUAGAUACACUAAGUCGGUGUAUAGUUGAAAGUAGAUUAGUAGGAUAACAGAAAUAAAUAAUGGUUUAGAUUUCUGGUGUUGCUUUUCUAAAACGAACUUGUUUCAUGGGAAACAUGUGGUGGGAGGUGUAGAUAAAGAAAAAGGCUGGGGGAGUUUGGUUUACAUGUGGCAUUGGCUAUGGCUAUGGCGGUUGGUUUUUAACAAAAGCUGCUUCCCAGGAAUUGGCCCUAGUUUUUGUAUGUCAAUUCCUUCCAAUGUUACUUUGUUUUAGUGUGAGCCCCCCAUCUUGGCACUUUUUAACACCAUGUUUCUUAGGUAGGUUUUUUCUUUUGUUUCUUGGCGUUGUUUCUCUUAGGCCGCAGCAGCCCAAUAAAGUUUUUGAUUUUGGGUGGCGUAGUUUUUCAUUUUCUGUUUAAAGCGUCAAUGAAGUAGUAAUGUUCCCUUUUGACAUUUGCUUAUGUUAUUGUUUUGUUGUUCAAAGUGGGUGAUUUGAAAGUGUAAUAACAUGUUACUGAGGCUACUACCUGGUUCAAUUUU